AUGGCAGAUGAUGGCCUGCUUCUGAAUUUUGCGGUCUCUGAGAACCCCACCUCCCGUGUCCAGAAGUUCAAAGGUGGGUCGUGGAAAGAUCGUUUGAGAGCGAAGCGGUUUGCCCAAAGAGGCGGACAGAGAAGACGAGAGAGUGCGAACACUGUCCCUGUACUGCCACGACACUCAAAGAAUCACCUCGAGAAGACGGAGGAUUUCCCGGACUCGAGACCGGUCAAGAGGAGGCGUGAAAAUGGAUAUAUAUCCAAGUCGGACGAGGUCGCGGGCAAGCGUGGUCCGCAAGACCAGAGGCUGAGUGGACAGAAAUCUGUAUCAGGCUCUCGUGAAGUUAUCUCCUCUCUAUUCACCUACAAUCCCAAGCCUUGGACGACUGCCGAAGAGCCCAAAGAUGCACUUCGAGAAGAAGAACCGGCAGCGCCCUCGAAUGCACCACUUGUAGACGGCAUAGACACAUUCACAUCUCUGGGACUCUCACCAGCGGUUGCCACUCAACUCUUGACCAAGAUGGACCUCGAAUUUCCGACUGCAAUCCAGAAGGCGGCGGUGCCUCAGAUGUUGAAGGAUGACAGUGAUGUCUUUAUACAAUCCGAAACGGGCUCGGGCAAGACCCUCGCGUAUCUUCUCCCACUUGUACAACGAAUCAUGGUGAUGUCCGAACUGCGGAAAGACCGACAAGAGACAACUCAAGAUUCGUCAUUACAUCGAGAUUCAGGGUUAUUCGCAAUUAUCCUUGCUCCUACACGAGAAUUGUGCAAACAGAUCUCUGUGGUUCUUGAACGCUUACUUGGGUGUGCACAUUACAUUGUUGCUGGAACGGUCAUUGGUGGUGAAAAGAAGAAAUCCGAAAAAGCGAGACUCCGUAAAGGGUUGAAUAUCUUGGUGGCGACCCCCGGUCGUUUGGUAGACCACCUUGACCAUACGAAGGUGCUUGAUGUGAGCAGUGUUCGGUGGCUUAUUCUCGACGAAGGAGAUCGCUUGAUGGAUUUGGGCUUCGAACAAGACAUCACGAAGAUUGUCAGGACUCUGGACCAAACGAAGCGGAAGAGUACUAGACCCGGACUGCCUGAUCGGCGAACGACGGUCCUUUGCUCAGCGACGUUGAAGAUGAAUGUCCAGAAAUUAGGGGAAAUAAGCCUCAAGGAUGCUAUUCUGAUCAAAGGCGACCCAAGCAGCACCGACAACCGAAUGGAUGGCGAGGGCAAUGGCACAGAUUCCGCUUUCCUUGCUCCCGCCCAGCUCAAACAAUCCUACCUGAUUGUCGCAGCCAAAUUACGACUGGUGACCCUGGCAGCACUACUAAAACGAACCUUUGCAAGGAAAGGGUCUGUUAUGAAAGCUAUCGUUUUCGUCUCUUGUGCCGACUCUGUUGAGUUUCAUUUCAAAGCAUUUACUAGAGCUUCGGAGGCAGAGUCAGAGGGAGACCGGCCCGCGAACGACAACGUAUCCGAUUCCGACGUCGAGUACGUCAAAGAGUCCACCAAGUCUGCUAUAACUUCCCCUGAGGCUGACUCAAUCUCCCCAUCCGCCACUCUCUCGUCCCCAAACAAUCAGAUUACCCUGUACAAACUCCAUGGCUCCCUCCCUCAAGCAACGCGAACCAGCAUAGUAAAACAUUUUGCCAACACCACAUCGCCUUCUCUCCUUAUCGCCACAGAUGUUGCCUCGCGAGGCCUCGACCUGCUCAACCUCGAUCUAGUAAUCGAGUACGAUCCCGCUUUCAGUUCUGACGAUCAUCUACACCGAAUAGGCCGUACCGCCCGCUUGGGUCGGGAUGGACGCGCCAUCAUCUUCCUCCUUCCUGGCAAGGAAGAAGGCUACGUCUCCGUACUGAAGAGUUCAUACAAGAACUCCUCCGACACAUCCCGGAACGUCACGCAGACCUCCGCCGACGAGGUUCUGAAAAAGGGCUUCUCACCUCCCUCUGGCGUCAUCCCAACCAAGAACCAGAAUCCCGACCGAAAUUGGGAAGUCCACACCACCGACUUCCAACUAGAAAUUGAGCGUUGGAUCCUCUCAAGUCCAGCCACAAAGGAACUUGCAAAACGGGCAUUCCAAAGCCAUAUACGCGCGUACGCCACGCACGUCGCUGCCGAGCGGAAAUGGUUUGACAUUAAAGACCUGCACCUCGGGCACCUGGCCAAGAGCUUUGGCCUACGCGAUCCGCCCGGCAGGGUUAAUGUUGUAGGACAAGGGCGGAAGAACUCCGGCCGGAGCCGGAAUGGUAGAGCCGAUCAUCGAGACGCAGACGGUGGCACUGCUACGGACGGGAAGGCCGGUGGACCAGAGCCUGACAUGACAGGCAACGUCGACGAGGCCGCGAAGAAAAUGCGAGACAGGAUCCGGAAGAAUAACAAGAUGAUGAUGGGGGGUGGUGCGGAUGAGUUCAAUAUCGCUUAG